UGCUUUAUAUGGCGGCUUGGCCAUUUCCAUUCUCAUCGAGUCUCCGACUGAUUGCAGAAGGCAACUUCCAUCUUCUUCUUUCUACGAGCUCUCUAUUCGUUCAGAGGCCAACUUCCAUCUUUCUUUUACAAGCUCUCUAUUCGUUCAGGGAAAUGGCAGAUGCUAUCGUUAGUGUUCUCCUGGAUAGAUUGGUGUCAUUACUCGUAAGCGAAGGUCAUCAACUACUUGGGUUUGAUAGCCAAUUUGAGGAAACAAAGAAGGAGCUUCAGUACAUGCAGAGCUUUCUUGAGGAAGUCAAUCGGGUGAGGAGAAAAGAUAGGGGCACAAUUCUGAAGAUGGUUAUGAGCGAAUUAAGAGAGAUGGUAUAUGAUGCUGAGGAUGUAAUAGCAGAUUGCCAGCUUCUAUCCCAGAAAACAUACCAAGGGUAUGCAGCUAAUUUUAUGAACCGUUGCUCUCCUACCCUUUUCAAUUCCCGUCGUCGGAUGGGAAAGCUGUUGAGAAAAAUAAAUCAAGAGGUAAGAAAGGUGAGGGAGAGGAUGAUAGCUUACAUGGGUACUGUUCCUCACCUUACAAAUAAAGAAGACAGUGGUAAUAGGUCAUUAACCUACUCAAUCCUAAUAGAUGAAGCAGAAAUGGUAGGAUUAGAAAAUGACUCAGCAAAGAUUAGAAAGUGGAUCUUAGAAGCUAAUGAGCCCUUAGUAGUGAUUGGAAUAGUUGGAAUGAAAGGAAUUGGUAAAACAGCGGUCGCUCAAAAGAUAUGUAAUAGCGAAGGGGUGAAAAACUCUUUUAAGCACUCGUUUCUUGUAACUGUUUCUCAAAGCAUCAAAUUCGACGAAUUGAUAAAGAAAAUGCUAAAGAAACUAAACAUAGAAGAGGAAUCUCUUAUGGGAAAGGACAUCAAUGAGCUAUUGGAAAGGCUUAAGAGUGAAUUACAUGGGAAGUACUUGAUAGUAUUGGAUGACGUUCGGGAAAUGGAUGAAAUGAUGUGGUGGGAAAGGUUGAAGUCCACUUUACCCAGAGUGAGUGGUAGUUGCAUCAUUGUUACAACAAGGAAGGAGCAGGUGGCUAAAUCAAUGGGAGCUACUGACAAAUGUAUACAUCAUCCCAAAACUCUUUCAAAUGAAGAUAGUUGGUCCUUGUUUAGUAAAGUAGCUUUUGCACGAAAUGGAGGCAAGUGUACAAAUUCAGAAUUGGAGCACUUGGGAAAGGAGAUUGUUACGAGGUGUGAGGGGCUUCCUUUAACAAUCAAUGUUCUAGGCAGAAUGAUGUUACGGAAAGGUGAUUCCAUCCACGAAUGGAAGCGAAUAUCGGAGCAGCUAAAGGAGGAGUCGGCAAUUAGUAAGAAAGAAGAGCUUGUCAUUUCAUGUCUAGAGUUAUGCUACGAAGAGCUCCUGACACACUUAAAACCUUGCUUAUUGUGCCUCGCCAUGCUUCCUGAAGGGUUUGAAAUAACAGUUACAGAGAUGGUUAAUUUGUGGAUUGGUGAAGGUUUCGUUUGGGGAAGAAAUGGGAAAACAGCAUUUGAGAUCGGAGAAGAAUACCUUACAGAAUUAAUUAAUCAAUUUUUUAUACUUGGACAGGAAAAAGAUGUCUUCGAAAGGCGAUUCAUUACUUGUAAAAUGCAUGAUAUGGUUCAAGACAUGGUAAUAAAAAUUGCCAGAGAAGAGAGAUUGUUUGUGGGCUUGGACGGUGACGGUCAGCGCGGGUCGAGUGUGCAGCCUCUUUGCUUGGGAAUUUCGAUGAACACCACAGUGGAUAGCGUUGAAAACAGUUCCACCAAGUUGCGGUCGUUGGUUGGGAAGGGCGUUGAGAGAAAAGAGAUCAUUGCAAGUGUAAAAGCAAAACUUCACGUAGUAAGAUGGUUGAGGGUGUUAUCUCUUUCACUGUCAAGAACAGGAUUUGAUGAAGAUGUUGUGGCCAGUGGGAUUGGGUCGUUAAAUCACCUCACUUAUCUUAACAUACAGGGUAGUUCUGCCUUAAGAAGUCUGCCUGAUUCAAUUGCAAAUCUUCGUAAUCUUCAGAUUCUAUGUUUAUAUGACUGUCCCAAUUUGGAAUGGUUACCUGUGUCAAUCACAACAUUGGAGAAGCUGACAGCCAUCGAAAUCGCUGGCUGUGAGUCUUUAGAAUGCAUGCCAGAAGGACUUGGACAGCUUUCAAAUCUUGAACGGUUAUUUGGGUUUAGGCCUGUGAAAUCAGGUCGUAAAAAUGGAUCCGGAAUUUCGCAGUUGAAGAACUUGACAAGACUCAAAGAACUUAUUAUAGAAAUAAACUCAGAUGAACGAAUUGAAGAAGGGGAUUGGAAUGUGUUAUCAAUGCUCCAGCAUCUGCAAUUUCUAGUGUUAGACUGUAAGGGCUGUUCUCUCGAAAGCGACGGAGUUGCAAGAAAGAUAGACUGUCGUCUUUCCACUCCCCUAAAAUCCCUCACAGAGUUGCAUCUUCGGUACUACCCAGGAGAAAUCACACCUGCAUGGCUCAGUCCUACUUCCCUUCCUAAUCUUCAGUUUCUUUUCAUUUAUGGGGGAAGGAUUAGGCAGAUGGGUCCCAGAUUUUGGGUAAGCGAGAAUGAGGUAUGGAAAGUUGAGGUCUUGGUGCUACAAAACUUAGAAGUGAUGGAUGACGAGAGGCGGAGGAUGCGAAGGGCAAUGCCAUCUUUAAGAUUGCUAAAGGUUUACAAGUGUCCGAAGCUAAAGUCAUUCCCAUUGGAUGUUACAAUUGAUGAAGGGGCGUACAGCAUAUGGAGGAAAGAAGAUGAGGAAGAAGAAGAGAGAAAGAGAAAGAGCGAGAUGGAAGAGGCGAAGGGAUUGACGAAGUAUGUAUUUGUGAUGAAGUUUAAGGACGGCACCCCACAAGACAAGAUAGAGGAACUCAUCAGAGUCUAUGCCAAGCUUGUUUCUCUCAUCAAACCCAUGAAGUCUUUCCUGUGGGGAACUGAUGUGAGUGGUAAGUAUUUUUCCGAGGGCUUCACCCAUGCGUUUGAGUCUACUUUUGAAAGUGAGGAAGGCUUUCAAGAGUUUCUUUCACACCCAGCCCAUGUGAAAUUUCUUGAAGCACGCCGCCCUGCCUUGGACAAACACAUCUACAUGAUAUACAAGCCUGCUCAGGUUAUAACAUGAAAGCGUGAUUGGUUUCAUCAGAAUAUAAGAGAUCUGGUCAAUUUCAGGAACAUCGACAUGGGAGAUUUCUUCUACAUGCAUAGCUCGAGCCAGGACGAUUUAUAUCAUCUAGAGGCAACCCCAAACUAGACAUGUUGCAGUUAUCAUCUUCAUCGCGUGCUUUCUCGCUUUUAACUUCCUGUCUCCAUUAAUAAAUUUGUGAACUCUUGUACCUCCUGCCAGAUGGGCAGAAGUCUUAAACUUUCUUUUUAUAAUAUAUUUGUAGCCAAUAAACCUUUGGAAUUAAUAUAUUCUGAUAUCUGGGGAUUAAGAUUUCAAUGA